AUGAGACGGUCACUAAUCUUCGCCGCAGCACUCUGGUUCAACUGCUAUGCGCUGACGGUGUCAUUACCCAUGGGCAAGGCUGAAGACAGCUCCUUGGAGCAGGAUAUUUUCACCUCGCCGCUGAGUGACGAGGUGACAGAAAACAGCCUCGGCGAAGCAGAUCUGGCCACUGUGGGCAAACCCAGAGGGCCGCGGGUAAUCGUGGUCGCCGAUCCGAGCCUGUGGAGGGACCUGCGGGAGCUGCACAACGGGCUGUCCCUCUACAAACGGAGAGCUGACGACCACAGCCAGGUCAACGAGCACAGAGGUGCCAGCCAGGACCUGAGCAUCCCCAUCCUGAGGAGGGACACGAUGAGGUGCAUGGUGGGACGGGUGUACCGGCCGUGCUGGGAAGUCUAG